AACAAAACGAAGAAGAAGAAUCCUGGUUGCCGGAAGAACUCGAACUGUGAGCUCGUGUCUUUUCGUCAAAGUUCGGUGCAUUCGUCUUCAUCAUGGCCACUCACAGCAACAACUUCAUCCGCGUGCGGUUACACUUUGACUACCCGCCGCCGGCCGUGGUGGACUGCCGGAUGUGCUGGCUCCUCGUGGACCUGAACAGGUGUCGCGUGGUGGGGGACCUGGAGGGUCUGAUCAGGGAGAAGUUCGGGUUCAGCCGCAGGAGCAUCCUCAGUUUGUUCAUAGAGGACUGCUACCUGCCGCACACCGAGUGCGUGUACGUGGUGAGGGACAACGACAGCGUCAGGUGAUUUUCACGGUUAUUAAAGGAAUGUUCAAAUUAACUUGGGGUCAAACACACCGUAACACUGAGUGCGACACCGCCUCCAGAGAUGAAUGCUGCCGACCGCUUGCUUCUGUAGUUAUACCAACUUUAGUAACGACUACAGCGGGGUGACGCAGCUCAAGGAAGAACAUUUAUGAUCAUUUCUUCAUGGAAAUACAAUCAGACCGAGACGCUGAGACAGAAAAACUACCGCGUCUAUAAAAUGAUUAAUAUGAUGAUUAUUACUUGGAGGAAAUGAUAAAGAAAUGAUCAUAAAUGUUCUUCCUUGAGCUGCGUCACCCCGCUGUAGUCCGUAAUGGACUGGCCUGAGGUCUCACUACAAACAAGCGGCUGCUGGAAGAGAGUAGGUGAGUUGUGUUUAGUCUCUUUGCUAAAGAAAUGAGUCAAAGUUAAAAAGAUGUUUGAUGUCUAGUACUAUGGCUGUGACCCUAUAUGUCCUGUUGAUGAAGUUAGGUGCUGUUCUGAGCAUUAUUUGUGGCUAUAGAGUGGCGUUUUGGUUGGGGGCGUGGCUCUCUGUAUUGCUAUCCUGCGGUCGUUACUAAAGUUGGUAUAACUAGAGAAUCAAGCGGUCGGCAACAUUCAUCUCUGGAGGGGGUGUCUAACUCGGUGUUAUGGUGAGUUUGACUCUAACUAAUUUUACGCUGGAAUAUCCCUUUAAAUUAACUCAUAACCUGUAAUCUUUAUUGGUGAUGCAUUUGCCAGAAUGUAACAAUGCGUUUCAUAUUGCAAUUCAGGGGUCAGGCUGAUUAUAGUCCAGACUGAUUGAUUGAUUGAUUGAUAUGAUUUGUUCAGGAUCUGCAAAGAUUAUCAUGGAGGACAGAAACCAGAUCAUCCAAAAAGUUUGACUCUUUUCUUUAUCGUUUCUUUUUUGUGUCCAAGGGUGAAAGUGGAUCUUUUGUCUCAGGUGAAUGGACACAGUGUCUCUCCAGGUAAAGAAAGUGAAACCUGCAGAAAGAGACAGAGACCCACAGAGGAGGAGCAACCGGGAGAAAAUAUAAAAAAGAAGAAGAAGAAGAAAAGGAGCGAGGUAAGCCAGGAGAGGGACGCCAAGCAAGCUGAUGUAGAUGAGAGGAAAAAAGAGGACAAGAAAAAAAAGAACAAAAAGGAGGCGAAGGGAAACAGUUCGACUGUGACGCCCAAAAAAACUGCUCCCAAAAAGACCCCGGUGGGCGUGAAAAACAUCAAGAAGCCCCCGCCUCCAAAACCAGAUUCAUCUUCAGAUUCCAGCAGCAGCAGUGAGGAGGAGGCUCCCAAAAAACCAGCACCACAGAAACCAGGACCCAGAACUCCCUCCACCUCCUCCACACCUGCUGCCUCUAAAGUGUCUCUGAGCACCAAACCCACCCUGAAGAAAUCAAACCCUCCGUCAUCGUCUUCUUCAGAAACCUCCUCUGAUGAAGCAGAAACAGUGAAAAACCCGCCAACGAAAAACAAACUUUUACCUCCUCCGACCCUGAAUCAGAGGAAAGAUGCUAAAUCUCCACAGACUCCCUCUUCAGCUGUGAGCGCAGCGCUGCCCCCUAGUGACAAAACUCUGCAGUCUAACAGCUGUGACAGCGAGGAUGAGAUCCAGCUGGUUAUUCGGCGUCCUCUUCCGCUGGCUCAGCAGCUGGGCAGGGGUGCCGGGAGUCAGUCCCUCAGAAGAGGCCGUGGUCGGGGUAGAACCAGCAGUGACAGCCCUGCGAAGACGGGGAGGGGUGAAGGAAGAGGGGGCAACAGAGGUCACAACAACAACGGCGUCGGGUUUGACUAUAACGGACUGAAGGAGCCGUCCUACCAGACUGAUUCACUGACCAACGUUUCAGUCGUCAUAGAGGUGAGUCUGCAGACGUUUGUCAUCAAUAUUAGUCAGUAAAUCACCACAGCAGGCUAAACCUCAGAUUUCAGAACCACGGUUUGAUCCACUAAUCCAUUUUUGCACCAUUUUUAUCCAACGCAAGAAAAAAACUAAUUUAAAGGACAUUAAAGUAGGAGACAAAUUUAACUUGGUUCUGAAAAUGAUCUCUAAUAAUAGUCUCUAAAGGGAAUUCUUGAUCAGUCAGUGUUAAACAGCGUCAGAGGAAUAUCAUGAUUUUAAUCUGUUGUGAAAAGACGUUUAUAAUCUUUGAUUUUUGUAUGUUUUGAAGAACGGAUCAGAAAGUGUUCCCAAACUGGACUACAGCUCCAUGCCUCUGUUAGCUGCUCCUCCACAGGUGGGGCAGAAGAUCGCCUUUAAGGUAAGAUUCGUUCAGUCUUUGAGUCCUCAGUGUGAAACUGUUUCAGGGAAGUCUGAUCCUCUGCAGCAUCAUUUUUUCUUUUACUUUAUUUUUAUGAAUACAUACAGUUUUUCAAAAUACUUGUUAAGAGUGAAAUAAAGGAAAAGGGCUGGAAAAGAAAGAAAGAAAGGCACAGAGUGAAAAACUUACAUACAAAUAUUGUUACACAGGGAGAGACUAAUCAUAGUACCAGUGCGUAGAUUUCAAGAAGGUAGGUCCAGGGUUUAAAGAUAUUUCAGUCAUUAUCAGUGUCCAUUUGUCCUUAAUAUCAAAACAGGACAGAAACAUCCUCGCCUGAGUGUCCAACAGCACCUAGAGAGCAUAUCAGAUAGGACAGUAGGGGGCGCUGUACUCAAGCAUAAAAGAAAUAAAAAAUAAAAAAAAGAAACAGCACAUUAGUAGUUGUCAUUCACUGCCUCCUGGUGUAAUAAAGUGACAUUUAAUCAGGAUGGGUUAUCCGUUUCCUGCUGCAGCAUCAUAAAAAAAGGGUUUCACUGAGGAGCUUUUGGCGCCCCCUGUGGCCAAUGCAGUCUUUGCUGAUUUUGUCCUGCUCAUGUGUAUUUAGUGUCUGAUGUUUGUGUCCACAGCUGCUGGAGCUGACCGAGAACUACACACCUGAGGUUUCAGAGUAUAAGGUAAGGACGGCAGUAUGAAGUCUGUGCUGUUAGAUCAUAAUUAAAGGGAUAUUCCACUUUCUUCUCUAGUUAUAGUCCCUGUGUUUAGUCCCUGUAUGUCCUGUUGAUGAAGUUAGGUGCUGUUCUGAGCAUUAUUUGUGGCUAUAGAGUGGCGUUUUGGUUGAGUUCGUGGCUCUCUGUAUUUCUAUCCUGUGGUCGUUACUAAAGUUGGUAUAACUGGAGAAGCAAGCGGUCGACAACAUUCAUCUCUGGAGGGGGGGUCUAACUCGGUGUUAUAGUGGUUUUGACCCUAAAUGAUCCCUUUAACUCCUCUAACCUCUGAUUAAUCUGCCCUGCAUAUCAGGAGGGGAAGAUCUUGAGCUUCAACCCGACGACCAAACAGGUGGAACUAGAACUUCUCCGUCCGUCCCAAGGUAGAGCUCGUUCCAACACUUACCUGCAGAACUGUAAUCACACUUCAAAAUGCCUGUUUUUAGUUAUUUUAAAGAUCAUUUUCUCUUUCAGCCCCCGUAGAACCUGGAAAGUUUGACCUGGUUUAUCAGAACCCUGAUGGCUCAGAGAGAGUGGAGUACGCCGUGUCCAGAGGUUCUCAGGUGAGUCUGUGCAUGGAGCUGCUGUUUUAUUGAUUAUGACAGGAUGGUGACAGUUUUUCCAGGUGUAGUCAAAGCCUUAGGUUUCACCUGAGGAACAGAGUCUGACCGUCUGUCCUCUCACAGGUGACGGAGCGAUGGGACUCUCUGCUGGAGCCGCGACUAAUAAUUUAAAUUAAUGAUCAGGGAUCCUGACUGGAUAUUUUAUAUCAGUAUGUGAAGCGUACUGAUUUUUAGUUUUUUAUAUGAUGUGAAUGUGAAUAUGGGUGUAAUGUGAACAGUUUUUCUAAUAAAAUAUUGCACAGAG